UCCCACAACCCUUCUUUUCCAUCCAUCCAUAUCUGUUCUUUCUUUCCAUUUAUUUGGACCGAGAGAAACCAGAGCAAGCAGAGCCGCGGACAGGGAACUUCUAGGAAACUUUUCCAAGCUCAAUUCUUGAGCUCUACUGAUCCAAAAAUUCCAAAUUUCUUGAUUUCCCGAUAGGGCAAAUUAGGGUUUCGGAGUAUCCGGAAGCCGGAUUGAGCCCAAAUUUCAAAUACGAGCUUCCUGCAGCGAGGGGAUAUUAGGGCGGUCUCGGAUUUUAAUUCGGGGUUCGUUCGUGAAAUUGACGUUUUAGUACGGGAAGCUUAAAUCGGUGUUUGAACGACCAGAA